ACCCCAAGAGGACUGAUUGAAUCCAAGAAACUAGUAUAUAAAUUGAGCCAAAGGAGCCCUAGCUAAUUACACCGUGCAUUUAUACAUUUCUAGUUCUAUUCUAUAUACAAAAAAAUAAAAUAACUUCUUGUUAUUUGCUUAAAAUUAUUUCAAAACAGAUCAAAGAGAGAUAGAUAUAUAUGGCUGAUCUUAGUGGUACCUUAACUAAGGAAAUUACCAUCAAGUCAGAUGGGGAUGUGUUCCACGAAAUAUUUAGACACAGGCCACACCACAUAGCCCAAAUGAGCCCCCAAUCCAUACAAGGUGUUGAUUUGCAUGAGGGUGAAUGGGGUACUGUUGGAUCAAUUAUUAACUGGAACUUCUUUCAUGAUGGGAAGCCGAAAGUGGCCAAGGAAGUGAUAGAAGCAAUUGAUGAAGAGAAAAAGUUGGUGUGCUUCAAGGUAAUUGGGGGCGAUAUAUUGGAGGCAUACAAGACCUUCUUGAUCACAGUUCAUGUUGACACACAUGGAGAAGAGAACAUCGUGACUUGGACUUUCCAUUACGAGAAGCUCAAUGAGAACAUUCCAGAGCCACAUAGUCUCAUGGAGUUCGUCCUCAGCGUCACCAAAGAUAUCGAGACCCAUCACAUCAACAAUUAAUUAAUGCCAUCUAAAUCUCGAGCUAGAGUGCGCGCCAAAAGUUGCGCAUAUAUAUCGAUCGGGCGUUAAUUAAGUUGGUGGGUUGUUUGUGUUUAAUUUGCGUGUGUUUCACUAUAUGUAUCUAUAUAUGUGUGUGUGUUGGGAUUAUUGUCCAUCUGAAGUUUGCGUUGUGAUCACACAUGAAGUCUCAUGGAAUAAGUGAUGAUUUGGUAAUUAUUAAUUUAUAGGUCGUUUUUGUCAA